CACGUCCAUUGCGAUAUUAGUCUUGUCUUUUCCAAUCCGGAAAAGCAAGUGCAGGAUUACGAGGAGGCAGACAAUUCUGCAACAACCACAAAAAUGUUUUCCCGAACGGCGCUCGCAAGAGCCUUCGCACUGCCAUUCGAGCAGUCCGCCCGGCCUCUCACCACCACCUUCGGGUCCUGUCUGCGUCAAGCGUCAACGACGGCCACGACCUCGCAAUCACACCCUGAGCAGCCCUCGGAACCACUAAGCGCAACACCCCGCGCUCAGACCAGCACACCUAGUCAACAAUCACCCAUCUCCACACCGUCGAAUACCAUCCCAACUACCAAACUCCCCGUGGCUCCGACCUUCACCUCCCCGUUAAAAGUGACCAAAUCCCUUCUCGAGAAGUUGCCAUACCUGACGACUCAAAAGCCGCACUACAUCACUGCUCACCUCCACGACAGCCCCUACCUUCUCACUGAAGGUGAUCACCUCCGUCUCCCUUUCUUGAUGCCCAAGGUCAAGCCCGGCGAUGUCAUCCGUUUCAACCGGGCGUCUGUUCUGGGAUCUCGUGAGUUUACGCUGAAGGGGGCACCAUACAUCGAUGAGCGGCUAUUUGAGUGCCGAGUGCGUGUUAUGGGAGUUGAUUCGGAGCCAUUGAGGGUGAAGGAGAAGACGAAGCGGAGACAGCGACAUGUGAGACAGGUGCGCAGCAAGCAUCGGUAUACCCUGCUGAGGGUGAUGGAUGUCAAAGUGAAGACUGCGGAGGAAUUACUGCAGGAGGGUGCUGUUAUUGUCGAGGAUGGGCAGGAGGUGGAAGUCAAGGCAUAAAGCGGAUUCUCCAUUCGCAGGAUACUCGAUAUGAAUAAUGGGGGGAUGGCGAGAGGCAGCGAAAACACUGCGUUUGAGUUGACCACCUCAGGCUACGGCAGGAUGGGUCACGAUGGUCUUUUGGGCUUGUUCUAUAUCUGUUGAUUGGGCAUUGAGGCAACAUGUACAGAUAGAUUUAUUGCACAUUGAAUAGUGCAUUGUACUGUAUUCUAUAUUGCAAUUUGAAUGUUUAACUUGAGCCGAGAAGUGUCGUUGCGAUAGAAGCUAAUCAACAGUAAGUGGUUUGCUAUGCGUUUCUAGCACUUUGUCUCUC